AUGGCCUUAAAAAAUAUAAUUUUUACGAAUUUUCUUAUAGAUGAAAACGAUCCCUUGGAUGGUGAACCAUCAGGAAGACCUGAAGAUGAGGCUGUUGACAUCAUUGUCACAACAAACACAACUGGUCAUUGCAGUUUGCCAUAUUCUUCUGGUCAGUGGACAGAUGACGAUACAAUCACACCCCGGCUUCCUGUUUUUUCUGAAUCCUGUGGAAUUCAAGAUGGGAUUGACCAACAUUCUUCAGUGUUUGAUUGUUUCAUGUACUUUUUCGAUGAAGAACUGGUGAGACUGAUCAAACGAGAGACAAACUGCUACACUAGAAUGACAAUAGAGACACUAAGUGCGACAGGAAAACUGAAGCCUCAGUCAGUGUGGCAUAAGUGGACAACAGUGAAACUCAGUGAACUGUGUAAAUAUUUUGGUAUUAUUUUGCAUAUGUGCCUAGUCAGUAAACCAAAACUGACUGACUACUGGUCAACAAAUCCCGUGUUGCAGUCCUCAUUUGCGGCAAAGUGUCUGCCAAGAGAUAGAUUUUUGUCAAUUCUACGAAUGUUACAUCUCGUAGAUAACGCAACAUAUAUUCCUAAAAACCAGGUAGGUCACAAUCCUAUUCAUAAGGUAAGACCUAUAUUCAACAGAUGUGUGACCCAAAGUGGAAAGGCUUACAAGCCAGGUGAAAGGAAUUUGCCCUUUUCAUGGUAG